AGGAAGUGUGCGCAGGCCUGCGGCGCUGGGCGGGGUCAGGCCCUCCACCGCUGACCCCCCCGCGCUCCCCACCCACGGCCGCACUUAUAUCCGCCCUCGCCGCCGUUCCCAGGGCCGAGACACAAGCUUUUAGUCGUUCGGCGGCUUCGGUUAGUGCAGUGGCGUGAGGGGCUCACUGCGGCGUGUGGGUCGGCGCCGCCUGGCCCGUUGCGCGCCUACCCUCCCGGCCGGCCGUGGGGGGAUUCGGGCAUCAGCCGAGCUCCUGCUGGUGUUCCCUGGCCGGUCCCGGGUAUCCCGGCACCGCUUCGACGGCGGCUUCGCGGGACCCGUGGACCGGGUCUCAGCCCGAGCCCCGAGCGGACGGCGUCAUGAGACACCUGCCGUACUUCUGCCGCGGCCAGGUGGUGCGGGGCUUCGGCCGUGGCUCCAAGCAGCUGGGCAUCCCCACAGCUAACUUUCCGGAACAAGUAGUUGAUAAUCUUCCAGCUGAUGUAUCGACGGGCAUUUAUUAUGGCUGGGCCAGUGUUGGAAAUGGAGAUGUUCAUAAGAUGGUGGUGAGCAUAGGAUGGAACCCAUACUACAAGAAUACAAAAAAGUCUAUGGAAACUCAUAUCAUGCAUACCUUCAAAGAGGACUUCUAUGGGGAGAUCCUCAAUGUGGCCAUUGUUGGCUACCUCAGACCAGAAAAGAACUUUGAUUCUUUAGAGUCCCUUAUUUCAGCAAUUCAAGCUGAUAUUGAGGAAGCUGAGAGACGACUAGAUUUACCAGAACAUUUGAAAUUCAAAGAAGACAAUUUCUUCCAGGUUCCUAAAAACAAAAUAAUGAAUGGCCACUGAUAAAAAAAUCAUCUUACUCUUAUUUAUUCAUUCACUAUUUUCUAAUAUUUUACUGCUUAUAACUCCUCAGUCAUUACAUUUUGAAAAUCAAACAUUUUCCUACAGCUGUGAAUUAGUUUAAACAGUACAGUGUCUUU